UAAGCUUAUCAUUUGAUUUUGAGGAGACCCACCAGUCGGUCGUACGGGGCGCUCUUAAGCGGGCCGGAAAACUUCUUCCUAUCCGCGGUGUAAUCGCAAUAAUUUGAUAUCGCUGAUCCGAUUACGCAUCAUAAGCCGCUAUCGAGGAACCCAACCGGCGGCCCGGCACGGUUCCCGGUCUCGCUGAAGCGUCGCCGACGAGAGAGAGAGAGCGGCGUGCCGCUCCUACCGCUACGACUACCCGGGGUCUUACCCGCGGACGAGCGGGCCCAAGAGCGCGGGUAGAAACGGGCCCGGAUAAUUCGCCCUGCUUACGUCACCUUCUAAAUCUCACAUCGCAUUCACAUUCAUCACGUCCGCACGUUUUCACGCAACGAGUGUCUUUUUUUCGUAAGGUUUGCAAAGGACGCAUUCUAUCUUCGGGCAGCAUUAAUGUGUUAGUAGACAUCGCGAUUUUUAACAACUUGCCAUAGAUUUUUUUUUUUUCGAGUGCGUGUCAUUCGAAACUAUCACGCGCACCCCUUACUUACGUCCCACCGGAGUGUGAAGAAACGAAAUCUCAAAGUACCAAGUGCCAAACGGAGUAACGCAAAGUGGAUUUAUCACCUGCAGCCAGGCCAGCGGUAUUAUGGACUACUCGUAUUUGAAUCAGGCCGCGGCGGCGGCAGCGGCCGGCUUCGAGGCCUCCAGCUGCGCUUUAGCCGCCGGCGAGAUGCAGUGCAGUUACGGAGACCUGAGCUCGUGCUCGCAGAUGAGCCAAGCGGCCUAUCGUUACACCGCGGCACGAGCCGCCGGAUAUCCCGGGAACGCGGCCGCUGCCGCCGGCGCUGCGGCCGGCGGCACGCCGCUAACGGCCCAUCACACCACGCACCCCCAUGCCCACGCACAUCACGGGGCCCACUCAACCCCCUGCUCCGUAAUGGCUGCCAGGUCCCAGGAAGUCCAUCGGCACGCCGCCUCCAUCUUCCCAUCGGCCAUCAAUCUUCAGAGUGGUUUGGGAUAUAAGGCUUACUCAGGUCAUGAUGGCCUUGCGGAGAAAAGAAAACAACGUCGGAUACGAACAACAUUUACGUCAGCCCAACUGAAAGAAUUGGAACGUGCAUUCCAGGAGACGCAUUAUCCAGACAUCUACACCAGAGAAGAGAUUGCUAUGAAAAUCGAUCUCACGGAAGCUAGAGUGCAGGUAUGGUUCCAAAACCGGCGCGCAAAGUUUCGCAAACAGGAGAGACUGGCCCAGCAGAAGUCCACGUCGCAGAGUGGCAUCGGGGCCGACAGCGGCGCGUCCAGCCCCGUGGCCAGCACCGUGAAGGCGGAGGGACGUUCACCGAGGAGUCCAGCGACGCCACCCGGUAGCUCGAACAGCGUGAUGUCGUCGAACGAGAUCAAGCCUAUAACCAACCAAAAUCUGGUGAACGUGAAGCACACGGAUGGUACAGGCGACGGCUCGCCUAAUGCCCGAGGAAGCAGCGGCGGCGGCGGUAGCGGUACUUGGGGCUCCUGCAGUCCCAGGCCCUUCUCGGCGGCCCUGCCGCCUUACCUGUUAGACCCGCUGCCGCUAAAAACCGCGAAUCUUUAUUAAACCAUCUCCCGGCCUGGCGGAGAGUGUAAAUACAGAGAACCGCCCGCUCGUCAACACGGAGACGACACGCCGCGCCGUUCAGGUUCAGGGAGGUUUCUUUCCGGGCCCCGGUUUCCCGUGGCAUACGAAUUCGUCGGCGUCCACCCGUACGUGCGGUAUCUUUAGGACUCCGGUAAGAUGCGCCGCUCAUAUUUUUGACAAAGAAAACUACAUUUAGGCAGUUGGGAGAAUGAGGGUGCAAAAGGUGUGCCAUCUUGCUUUGAAAUAGCGUCUGUUGAGAUACAUUCCAAAAUUUGUGCGCUAACAAGACAAAGCGUUAAAUGCCAAUUAUUGAAAAAGGAUCAGGUAUCAAGAUAAAUAUAAUUUAGUGAAUUUCUAUUGUGGUAAUAUUGUGCAGAGAUCGUGAAGCCAAUUAAAUACUCUUGUCUCUUAAAUUCGAAGGGAGAAAUCCACAACUCAAAUAUUUGAGCAAUUUUAUUAGAGCGUGUUAUGUUUAUUCUGCAUCCUGUGAUAAGUGUAGAAACAUUUGAAUAAUAUGUUUCCUUGAUUCCUUUUCGGAUCUACACGUUGGCGUAUUUGUAGAUAGAGAAGAAGAAGAAGUAAUGACGUACAAUUACAUGACGUAAAAUAUUGUUUUUGUUGACACAAACAUGCAGUAUUAUUUAACAAAAUAAUUUUUUUUUUAAUGCAUAACUUAAGAUACGUUAUUUGUCACUAUUAUUUAGAUUGAAACUGAAACUAUUAACUAAAAUAAUGAAUUGAAAAGUAAUAUAAUUUAAAGUGGUAUCAGCAUGCAUUCCGACUGAUAUCGAAGACAAUGGAAUUUGUACAAGCGUUUACUUUAAACGAUAACUUUAAUGUUCCCGAGGAAUAAAAAUACAACAAAAUUAUGUUAACUUGUUUAAUAUGUGCAAAUGUAAAUACUUAUAUAUUUUUAAGACCAUUUCAUAAAAAAAAUCAAUGAAAUUAAUCUAAAUGUAACAUUAUAUAAUCACACAGAACUAAUUAUAAAAGGUCUCUUCUUCUAAAUUGGAAAUUUAUUUCAGAUCUUUUCAAUUUACUAUGAAUAAAUAAUUUUCUUAAAAAUGUAAUGAACCAAUAAUCACUUUCAAUGCAGCUGAUUUAUUUGGGAUAUUAAAUAGAACUAUUAUGAUCAUUAAUUCAAUGUAAGAUAAUAUUCUGAAAUAUUGAAAUAUUCUGAACAUAUUGCGUAAUCUUUAUUUAUUUAUUCGUUUCAUUAUAAUUAUAAGAUAGGAAAAUUAGUUUCGUCCAAAAGGAUGAAAACGUUAUUAGAGCAGAGCUCUAACUCUUGUGGGACAUUAAAUUUUCGUUUUUUGAUAUACGCUUCUUAUCCCGUAUUAUUUUUCAUUGUCAUAGACAAUGUCAAGCUAUUAUAGAAUUAACACAAGAAAAACACAGCGUAGAAUAGUAUCCAUAAAAAUACUAUUAAUGACGCUAUUAUUGCUGAAAUUAACACAAACUUAGUUUAUUGGAGUUGAUUUUAGUAAUGAAAAUUAUGGCUACAUUGCGAAAAUCUCUUAUGAUAUUUAUUAUGUGUAUCAAGUAGCGAAAAACAUAUAUUUCCACAGUAAAAUCCUUGACGCAAAUACAGAAUGUACUUCGCACUGAUUUAAUGCGCGAUUCCAGCGACCUGUCGAAUAAUUAAUUGAUUAAAAAUUAAGAGCAGCGAUCAAUAGAAAAAAAAGCAAAUCCUUCUUGGUGUCGAAAUAAAAGUGAAAAAUUCAUUUUGUUAAUUACAUAAAAGAAAAAUAUUCUGAGAAUAGCAUCGUUGCGUUAAUUGAUGCAAAAUUAUAUUUUGGAGUUCUGACUGAAAAGGAUUUAAAUUUAUUUAAACCAAAAAAUAUUUAUACGGAUAUCUAUUUUUUAUUUAUGUUUAAAAUAUCAAUAGCACUAUUAAAGGAAUAUGAAAAACUCAUAGCUAGAGUCCGAAUUCAAUUAAAAUUGUCAUUUCAAUUGAUUAUUAAUUUUAUCAAUUGUAUAUACAUUCUAUGUUGUUAUAAUACUUCUGUUGCAGAGCUAUGAUAUUAUAAUUUGUUAAUUUUAAUUUAAUAAAAGUAUAAAUUUAGAAUGUACAAAACUCCACGAAGAAAGUCUUAUAUCAUGAAUCGCUGUAGCGCGAAAUUAAAUUCGCGUUAAUUCGCAGAUCGACGGAAUUUCUUCUUAGGAAGUCCUUGAGAUAAAUACUUACAUACCGUCCUGUGUAUCUUGUACCAAGAAGAGCGAGGGUACCUGUCUUAUCACAAUAUACGAUGGACAAUUUCGGCAGUGGUCUGACUCGUUCGUCGUGCGCUGAUAAUGUGCGCAUUAUUCUGCGUAUGUAUAGUUUAUCGAUUACGACUGAAUCUAUUUUAUAGUGAGAUGUAUAAAUGUACAUUAGUUAAGGCGAAGGUAUGUAUAGUACACCUGAAGAUAUUUUUUUCCUUUCACAAAUCUCGUUAAAUCCGCCUUAACUUUUAGAGGGCUAACAAUUGGAUGCAUUCUCUCAACUAUAUCAAUAUGCUAUAUUACUGAUAAUAUAGUUAAGCUAGAUGUAUUUAAAUUUAUUGCACCCAUCACAAUUUUUUUGCAUUUUUUAAAAUAGUCGUUUAUAUUUUAAUACGAUAAUUUUACAAGGUAUUAAAACGUUUAAAAAAAUCGAUAUCUAUUAUUUGAGAAACGAGAAAUCGCCAUUACUCAUUGAGACUUCAGAAAUUACUGUAAAAAAGGCCUAUGUUUUACUCUAUAAUAAAUUGAAAUGUGUAAAAAAAUGCCUUAUUCGUAUCCAUGUGAUGUAGUGUUUCAUAUAAAAAUAACACACACUACUGCAUAAAAAAAUAAAUUUACAUAUUUAAACGUGUAGUUCUGUUAUUAUUUUUACGUGGAAAACUAAAUCACGCACAUGGAUAAAACAUUUUUAGAAUUUGCAAUGUUUGCAGAGACAUAAAGGUCCUCUAAAAGUUAGUGGCAAUAACGUGAGAAAAUUUCUAUUGUGUCCCGAGGCAAUCCAUAUCCCAGUUCGAUAACGAAUGUGAUUUUUUAACGAGGCACUUUUACAAAACUGCGUAUUACUGGCGCGUAGCGAGCCGCGCUUUCGCCCGUCUCCGCGAAAGACGCGCAUUAUCGAUUAUUGCGACGGCGACGAGAGAGAAAAGGCUCGUCUCCACAAGCCAGGAAGCGUUCGUGAACUCUGAACAGCUUCGUUGCUCCCGCCAUUAUUGUUAAGAUUAACGAAUGGUAAUUAUAUGUGUGAACCGGAACUUGUACAGUUGUUGCUAUAAAUAUAUAAAAUUAGUGUUUUACACCAUACUCAUACUCACUUCUCUCCGUUGAAGUCACUCCAGUGAUUCCCCUAUAACAGUUUCGUUGGAGAACUAUUAUUUAUUUUUAGAUAACAUAAUAAUUAACAUUCCAGAACCUCCUUUGGCUAUCGUGUGCCGUCAGGGAUUUAUAUCAAAAGGUUACUACAACAAUUAGCAUACCACUUUGUUUGUGACUAUUUUUUAAAUAAAAGUUAAAAAUAAAAUUUUGAAAACAUAAA